AUGUCAGACUGGCCGACUCGGGAUCCAAGGAACACUGAAAACCGCGAAAUUGACUCAUUGCUCGUUAGUUACAGAGUCGUGCUGGAGGUGGCGGGCAACUCGGACGCGGUCAUACUGAGCGGGCUGGAGGCAGAUACACAGUACCAAGUUACUGUGGCUGCACUGUGGGGCGGUCAUAAGUACAGAAGCAGGCCUAUUGUCUUCCGCACACUGGAGCCUCCGCGGACAUCGCCGCAGCAGGACGGGGGUCUAGCGGGCACCCCGCGUUCCUCCGUCGCCCCUCCAGACCCUUCGCCAACAUUUCCCACGAUACGAGGGGUGGAGAUCGGCAUCGUAGUGUUGGUGCUGAUAGUGUGGAUCGGGGCCAUAGCGUUGUUCUUCAACCGUUGGGGCAAGAUCAGGAUGCUACUCCCUUAUCAGCCAGAUUAUAAGCAGGAACAGUUAAAGGUGCCUGGAAGCAGUGCUUUGGCGGCGGCGACGGCCGGAGGGACGUGUGGUGCUCAUUCCGCGCCCUCAGCAUGCUCGCACAUGCGCUGGUCACACACACAUACACAGAGCUUGGAGUGCGAGGAGCGCCUCUUGGCCCGGUGCAACAGGCCUAGGGUCAACUCGGCCAUAUUCGUGUCAGCAGAACCCACUGGGUUCGCAGCGUUUGAUGCUGGGGAGUUCCUGAGGAGGCACGGCUCACAGUCUAAACUGUGUCGUAAGGCCAGGUCAGCAGACAACAUACCUCUUACAUCUUUGUGCGAUUCAUCUGAACGCCUUUGCAAAGCCAAACCUCGAGAGGAGACCAUCAAUGAAGAAGCCACUAGCAAGUCAGACGACAGCAGUAGCGUAGAGACCGUCAAGCACUUCGGUCUACCCAUCCUCUCAGUGUCAGGCCCCUCCCCCCCAGACGAGGACUAUGAUCAGAUAGACGAGUAUCUGUAGCAUUUCCAUACCAGUUUCCAGCUCAAAUAUGUGCUGGAAAAAAUGCGGCCGCCUUGGCCCAGCCCCGCACAAAGUCCGAAAUCUGAUGACUUUUGAACUUGAACUAUUGAUCUAGGUUUACUUCUUGUGAUACGUAUGUCUAAAGUGUGGUUUGUGUGAAUUCUGGAGUUACAACGAAUUUCGAGACUUUCAACUGAAAUUCUUGCUAUGUAUCCUUGAUGCGGGACCAUAGUUGUAAUUAGCAGUGUGUUUCUUUAUCGACCUCUAGUAUUAGUGAUUUUGUAUCUCCUGUGUCUUUUAUGAGUGUCUAAAUUAAUCUUACAUUAUCAGCGAUUAGAUUUUUAAUACUCACAAUUCUAGCAUGUAAGGAUUGCACAAUAACUUUAUCGAUAUUGUUAAUAAUAUUAACAGUGCCACUCUUUAUAAUGGUUAAGUAAGCGUGAGGAGCGUAUUCAUAAAACAAUCUAAUUAAUUAAACUGUAAAGUUAUAGCUUUGUACAGAAUUUGCUAAUUUGCAGUGUGUUACUUAGUUUCAUAUUAUGUGCGUGUACUAAACAUAAUAAAUUUAUGUACUUUUAUAUUGCCUAGCCUAAUGUAAUCACAUUUUGACUCAUCAGUAAGUGUAUUUAGUGUCCUGUCAAUAACACGACUUAUUUCACGAUUAAUCUUUUGAACUACAUUAAAAUCAUAAGAUUGUGAACUAUCUUGUUAAUCUUUUGUCUUAUCUUAUUUUUCUAAUAAUUUGUAAAAAAUAUCUUCAUUGAAACAAAAGUUAAUCAAAAUUAUCUUAAAUAUUAUCAUUUUUAGUUUGUCUUCUUUUCUAGGAUUUGAAUAUAACUUUUCUUGACAGUACCAUUAUUAUUUCGUUUGAUGUGAGAUAAGUUUAAAACGUGAAAUAAAUUGUGUUAUCCAUUAAGGAUUGUAGUAAUAGAUCUAUGAACGAUUUGAAGGUUGAAUUUUGGUCCAAUGAUAAAUGUAUGUAUGCACAUGGCGUAUUAGACUGUAAGUAACAGUAAAAUGAAUUGUUUUAAAACGGCGGAGUUUGUGGGAUUUUUUUGAAUUUAUUAAUUGUGGAAUAUUUUUGUGUAGUUUAUAGGUUUUUAAUUUUAACACGAGUAGGAGCUUCGUUCUUUUGUUUAUAUCUUGUGUGAUGUAUUUUGACUGUCCCAUAUAACGAUGGUUGAAUGGAAUGUAAUAAUAUCGAAUCAAUGAAUGAAUUUGUAUUUGGGAAGAUUAAACAACAUAAUGUCAGACUAAUUAUAAACGAUUUUGAAAUAUCUUUGAUAUGAGUAAGGACUUAAAAUUAAUAAGUCUACUUUUAUCUUUCAUGGAAAUAUUUCCGUGGCUUGACUACAAGUAGAAACUUUAAUGUUAUUUUGAGAAUUUUUGCGUUGUCUUAUUCAUUAGCUGUUUAAAAUGUCAAUUAUCCAAAAGCUUGUAGAUACUGUAUUAUCGAGUAUUUUUGUAAUGACACUAAAAUUUAGUAUUAGGAAAGUCUAGUAGUAUCAAAUUUUCUUUCAACUUCAUCUUAACUGGUGCUUGGGGACCAGAAGGACAGGACAUGUCAAUGUAGGCCUUAAAUCCAAGUAAAGAAGUAUUUCCAAACUAAUAUGUGUAUAUUUAUAUAUUGGAAUAUACAAUACUUAUUUCAAAGCUAAGACUAUUAAUUCCCUCCACUAUUUAUAGAUGUAUCCUUCAACGGUUUAGAUGAAUGUGGCACAUAGAUUAGAACGAUUCCCACAUCCACUUGCGGUACUAAAGAUUAAAUUGUAUUAAACUCUGGCAUACAAUUGAAAAGUUCAAAAAACCUCAACACCAAAGAUAUAAAAAUAAAGUUUAAUAAUUUCAGACAUUUACUUACAGCACUCGAUCCGCGUCAUUAGUACGUUCUGACGACCUGUGUGCCUACCAUGAGUUUACGUUAGGAGUGCUUGCUAGCGACUGCGUAAAAAAAUGACAUUUAAAUGUAUGACAUAUUGUGCAGCGCCCCUAGCGGCUACUUUGAAGAAAUAAAAUCUUCAUAUAAUUUUUAGACGUAUUCGCUAGCGAGCUCACAUAACGUAAACUCAUGGUAGGCACACAGAACUGUGACAGUGACAGAAGAGAACAAAGACAGAAGUAGAGAACUCUUUCUUUCAAAUUUCUUCGUCAGAACAUCAUUCUGCAUAGGCGAAAGGUCCUAGUUAAUGUCUUUACUUGUAUUUUCAAAGUUGUAAGAAGUGGUUUAGUACAAUUUAAUCACUGGUGACUGAAAA